AUGCCAAAGAAAUUUAUAACUUCGGCUCUUCCUUAUGUAAAUAAUCAGCCACAUCUGGGGAACAUUGUUGGAUCAGUCCUAGGAUCCGAUGUAUACAACAGAUAUUGCCGAAAGUCUGGCGAAGAAACCAUUUUUAUAUGCGGCACAGACGAGUAUGGAACAGCGACUGAAAUGGAAGCAAUCAAGCAGAAUGUACACCCCAGAGAAAUUGUUGAGAAGAACAGAGCGCUUCACAAGAAAGUUUACGAUUGGAUAAACUGUGAAUUCGACUUUUUUGGUCAGACAAGCUGUCCAGAACACACUAAAUUAGUGCAAGAAAUAUUCAGAAGAUGCUAUAAAAAUGGAUACUUUGAAAUACAAGAGGUUGAGCAGUUCUAUUGUGAAGAGUGUGCACAAUUUUUGGCCGAUCGAUAUGUUGAAGGCACAUGCGGACUGUGCGGCUAUUUGAACGCCAGGGGAGAUCAGUGUGACCAAUGUGGUAGGUGUCUUAGAAAUAAUGAUUUAAAAGAUCCAAAAUGUGUCAUAUGUUCUGGUGUGCCUCUUGUUAGGUCUUCUAACCAUCUUUUCCUGCGUUUAGAUUUACUUCAGAAUAAAAUUAAAGAAUGCAUGGACAAAAAGAAAUACGGAUGGAGUGAAAACGCCAUUAACAUUUACAAUGAGUGGUUAGAAAAGGAUUUGAUAUCCAGGUGCAUGACUAGAACCCUCAAAUACAAAUGGGGUGUUCCCGUUCCACUUGAAGGCUUUGAAGAUAAGGUCUUCUAUGUUUGGUUUGAUGCUGUUAUUGGAUAUUUAACAUUUUUAUCACAGAUAAGAGAAGACUGGGAGGAAUGGCUUAAGAGUGCGGAAUUCAUUCAAUUCAUGGGCAAAGACAACGUUUUCUUCCAUUCUUUUAUCUUUCCUGGAAUACUUCUUGCUUCUGAUUCUAACAGCCCUACAGUUGAUGUUAUCAAUAGUACAGAGUACCUUACAUUUAACAAGGAAAAGUUCAGUAAGAGCAGAGGCAUUGGCAUUUUCGGAAUGGAUCUUGUACAAAAGGAUCUGGGGCCUUCAUGUUUAUGGAGAUUCUAUCUAAUAAAGAGAAGACCUGAGACAAAAGAUUCUGAUUUUAAUAUUUUGGACUUUAUCAAUGUGUCCAAUUCUGAUCUACUGGGUAAUAUAGGCAAUCUCUGUCAGAGAAUACUGAAGUAUAUUGCAAAGAAUUGUGGAAGCAAAAUAGCGGUGGACACGAUUGAUGAAGAAGAUCAGAAGUUCAUUGACAAUGUGAACCAUCUUCUUGAUGAAUAUCAUGGAUGCAUGAAAAAAAUAUCGCUCAGAGAAGGAUUGAAUAAGGCUGUUGAAAUAUCGUCUGUUACGAAUAAGUACAUUCAGGAUUUGCAAGGCAAAAAGGAUAAAAUUGCCCGUGGUUUCCAAAUUGGAUAUUCUGCAAUUGUCUUUUUGGCUCAUAUCUUGGAGCCAUUCAUACCGGAAACGUCUAAGAAAAUCUUUAGAAUGUGCAAAGCUGAAUCCGGUAUUUUCCCGAGUAGGUUUGAAAUAAUCCCUAAGGCCAGUAUAUCUUCUGAUAUUCACAUCCUAUUUAAUCCUUUAACAGAAGAACAAUUAGCUAAUCUUCAGAGCUAUGUCCAAACUGAGUCUAAACCGGACAUUUCUGCGAUUGAAGGUGUUGAAAAGCUCGCUUUAUGA